CAAAUGACAACAUUGAAGUUUUGAAAAAGCCAAAUAACUUGAUAAUCCAGGAAACGUGAAAAUAAGCUAAAUUAGCCUAUGGGGCUCCAGUAAAAUACAAAGUUUAUACUGUAAUUAGUUUCGGGUUUGGGAAACGUUUGCCAUAAACUUAAAUAUUUUAAACUAUAUGAAGGCGUGCGUGUUUUGCAAAACCCGCUAUCAAACUGGCAGCGGAAUAACAUUCCACAAAUUCCCAACCAACUCAACAAAGCAUGUAUGGCUAAAAAACAUGAAAAUUGACAACUGGAGUCCAAAAGCAAAUGAUCUUCUGUGUUCUAAACAUUUUACAGAUGACUGUUUUAUUAAACACGCUGCACGUACCACUUUAAAAAGCGGCAGUGUGCCUACUUGUUUUUCUGAGAGCACAUCUUCAGCACAAUGUGAUAUUGUGGUUACACCAACACCAUCUGUAUCUGGGACAACAGGUGAAGUAAGAAGAGAACAGAGCAGCAUUAAUGAUGAUCAGAAUAAUCCUAACCUUGAUGAGCCAAGCAUAACUGGAAGUCAAAAGAAAUCUUGGAUUGUCCCUAUUGUCUACGAGAAUAUUGAGCAUGAUCAUACACCAUCUAGGACUACAUUUGAAAUCUGUGAAAGCAUCAAGUAUGAUCACCGCUAUGCAAUUUCUUCCAGAACUUCAGAAAAAGAUCUACAACGAGUUAAAAAAGCUUUAAAAAUAUCACAAACCCGUGUGAAAGUCUUAUCACAACAUGUGAAACGGUUGAAGAUCAGUGUUUCUUAUUUAAAAACUGUAAAUGCUUAUUUAAAAAAACAAAUUAACUGUUGAUGAUUGUGCAUAAUCAUAUUGCAUUGAUUGCAUUGUAAUAUUAUCAUUUUAAAUAGUAAUCAAAAUUAAUUAGCCUUAGCUAAUAGCAAGGCCCCCCUAGAUUUAGGGUAUUAUUUGCUAUAACAUAUUUAUGUUAUGUAGCAUGCAAUAUUGUAUUACUACAUCAAUAUGAAUAUGUAAUAAUAAUGAAGCUGUGAUAGACUAGGCCCUAGUGGUUAAGACAUUCGCCUCCUAUUUGAAAGUUUUGAUCUGGGUUGCACCUUUAAUUUUCCAUAGCAAUGUGCUUUGCAAUAAAUAUUACUUUAACAAUAAAGAAAAACGUGAGCAAACUUGCAUGCCUAAGAGUUCGCCAUAAUAUAAAUGUUCUCUAAGGUGUAUGAAGUCUGCCAAUCCCCACUUGGCCAGUGUGGUAGACUAUGGCCAAACCCUUCUCAUUCUGAGAGAAGACCCGUGCUGAGAUUUUGUGGUAUUGCAUGCUCAAGUUUAAAUUACGAGACUGUUUGAGGUAACUUACCUACUUUAAUAAAUGUUACACU